AUGCCUCUUCGAUUUGAGUCGCCAGAAAGACCUUCGCUGCGAAGACCUACAUGGGUUCGCGAGACAUCACCGAGUCCUUCAAUCCAUACAGCCGAUCCUGCUGUUCAGUACAAUUUUCAUAAGGCACUCAACGGAUACAAGCCUACAGCUCUUCUUUCCUUGGAUCCUCUUGCUGCAGAGCUAGGUCUCGCUGGCAUCUACAUCAAAGACGAAUCAUCACGCUUCGGGUUACCUUCAUUCAAAGCCUCGGGAGCUUCGUGGGGCUGUUUCCGCGCUCUCAUAUCGCACUUAUCAUUGGAUCUCGAGUCUGCUACUCUGGAGCAGGUAGCUUUUUCUGCUCAAGAUCACCAAUGCAAGCUGUUAGCUGCUACAGAUGGCAACCAUGGUAGAGCAAUCGCGUGGAUGGCACGAUCACUUGGUAUCGAGUCCACCAUCUAUGUACCUCAUGACUUGCAUCCUAAUUUUCUGCGCUUGAUCGCUGCCGAAGGAGCUGAAGUAGUUGUGGUCCAAGGAGAUUACGAUUUUGCUGUUUCGAGUGCUGCUUCUGCCGCCGCCGCAUCGAAGAAUAACAUACUCGUGCAAGACACAGCUUUCGAAGGCUACGAGAAUAUUCCAACCUGGAUCAUCGAUGGAUAUGCGACAAUCUUCGCCGAGAUGGAGGAGCAGUUGCAGGAGCUGGAUGUACAACCAACAACCAUCAUCACACCUGUUGGUGUGGGCUCUCUAGCCCAAGCAGUAAUCACAUAUGCAAAAGGACACCGAAACCUCAAGACUGUGGCUGUGGAGCCAGACACAGCGGCAUGUUUACACGCUUCGCUUCUUGCUGGAGAAGCUACAUCCAUCAUCACAUCCAACACCAUCAAUGCUGGAUGCAACUGUGGGACGCUAAGUUCCAUUUCUUGGCCAUACCUUCGUGACUACGUCGAUUUGAGCACCACGGUGUCUGACUUUGAGACUCACAUCGCGGUGCAAGACAUGCAUCGCCAUCAUGUUAAUGCCGGGCCCUGUGGUGCUUCCGGCCUGGCAGCCUUGAAAAGACUUGUAGCUGAGGGACACAUUGCCAAAGGAUCGUCGGUGAUAUUGAUCAACACUGAAGCGAAGAGACCUUACGAUAUACCUCUCGAUGUCAGUAACGACGAUGUCGUGGCUUUGACUCAACAACUCAUCCAGAUAGAUAGUUCAAGCCCAUCACUAGAUACGACAGGCUCUGCGCCAGGAGAAACAAGGAUCGCAGCAUUUAUCACACAAUGGCUACACUAUCGUGGUAUCGAGACUCAUGUGGUCGAGUCUGUGCCAGGUCGCCCAUCUGUAGUGGGCGUGGUUCGUGGCAGCGAUCCCAAUGCCAAAUCGUUUAUGUUGAAUGGACACAUCGACACAGUAUCCUUGUCUACCUAUGGCUCCGAUCCUCUCAGCGGCAGCCUUGUGGACGGCAAGAUCUAUGGCCGAGGUGUAUUGGACAUGAAGGCUGGGGUCGCAGCUGCCAUGACCACACUUUUGUAUUUCUCUGUGCAUGGCAGCAANGGCGAUGUCGUCUUCACCGCAGUGGCUGAUGAAGAAGACAAAAGCAUGGGUACUGCUGCUGUCCUUGCAGCAGGAUGGAAAGCAGAUGCUGCACUCAUUCCCGAACCGACCUCUCUACAACUCCACCACGCACACAAGGGGUUUGUGUGGGUUGGAGUGACCAUUCUCGGAAUUGCUGCACAUGGCUCCGAUGCACGAACCGGCGUAGAUUCUAUCAUGUCUACUGCCAGUUUCUUGAAAGCUGUGGAACGGUAUGCCGAAACAUUGCCCAAAGAUGAUGUCUUAGGACAAGCGACAAUGCAUUGUGGUACCAUCAGAGGCGGAGAGGAGAAUAGCAGCUACGCUGGUUCUUGCACACUGACCCUCGAGUUUCGCACUGUGAACGACAGCAGCAACUUGCAGUCGACUGCCGCCAUCGUCAGGGAUAUCACAAACAUCCUCGAUAAACUUGCUGCUGCAGACAAGAAGUUCGACUUUGAGGCGCCAAAAGUGCUUUUCGAGCGUAAGCCUUUGCCACCCAUGGUCGAGACACAUCCUUUGCUCGUUGCUGCAACUCAGACAAUCGCGGAUGUGCGAGGCGAAAAAGAAGUACGGCCUACAGCGGCAAAGUUCUGGACAGAUGCGGCACUGCUGAGUGAAGCUGGCAUUCCUUCUUUGAUCUUUGGGCCUGCAGGCGAGGGACUGCAUGGCAAGAAUGAAUGGGUUGACGUCAAGAGUAUAAUGGCUGUGGAGCAAGUGAUGAGAGAGACCAUUGAGAGAUUCCAAGAUUGUUGA